AUGGGUGAAUGUCCAGUCGACCACAAGAGCGCCAAUAUUGGCGGCGGUGGCACCAGGAACAAUGACUGGUGGCCAAAUGACCUCAAGCUGGGCAUACUGCGCCAACAGCAGCCCUCCAGCAACCCUCUGACCAAAGACUUCGACUAUGCGGCUGCCUUCAAGAGCUUGGACUAUGAGGGUUUGAAGAAGGAUCUCCAUGCCCUGAUGACAGACUCUCAGGAAUGGUGGCCCGCCGACUUCGGUCACUAUGGUGGUCUUUUCAUCCGAAUGGCAUGGCACAGCGCCGGUACCUAUCGUGUCUUCGACGGUCGCGGUGGUGGCGGCGGAGGUCAACAGCGCUUCGCUCCCCUCAACAGCUGGCCAGACAAUGUCAGUCUCGACAAGGCCCGCCGCCUCCUCUGGCCCAUCAAGCAGAAAUAUGGCAACAAGAUCUCCUGGGCUGACUUGAUGCUGCUCACUGGAAACGUUGCUCUUGAGUCCAUGGGUUUCAAGCCCUUCGGCUUUGCUGGUGGCCGCGCCGAUCAGUGGGAAGCUGAUGAGUCGGUUUACUGGGGCGGUGAAUUCACCUGGUUGGGCAAUGAGGUUCGUUACGGAAGUGGCCAACCGGGUGUUAAGGGAUCCGGUGUCAUUGAUGGCGAGGAGUCCAAGGAAGCCCACAAGGAUAUCCAUUCUCGCGAUCUGGAGGCACCAUUGGCUGCGGCACACAUGGGCUUGAUUUACGUCAACCCUGAAGGUCCGGAUGGUAUCCCAGACACCAAGGCUGCCGCCAGAGAUAUCCGCACAACCUUUUCCCGUAUGGCUAUGAAUGAUGAAGAGACCGUGGCCCUCAUUGCCGGUGGUCACAGCUUCGGUAAAACACACGGUGCUGGUCCUGCUGAUAACGUUGGCAAGGAACCUGAGGCUGCGGAAAUCGAACUCCAAGGCUUUGGUUGGGAGAACAAGUACAAGUCUGGAAAGGGACCCGACACAAUCACCAGCGGUCUGGAGGUCAUCUGGACUAAGACCCCCACUCAAUGGAGCAACUCCUACUUCGAAUAUCUUUUCAAGAAUGAAUGGGAGUUGACCAAGAGUCCCGCUGGUGCCAACCAAUGGGUGGCCAAGAACGCUGAGAAGGUAAUUCCCGAUGCCUUUGACCCCAACGUCAAGCACCCACCCCGAAUGUUGACCACCGAUAUCGCCUUGAUCCACGACCCAGAGUACUUGAAGAUCUCGAAACGCUUCUAUGAGAACCCUGAUCAAUUUGCUGAUGCUUUUGGACGCGCCUGGUUCAAAUUGUUGCAUCGUGAUCUAGGUCCCCGUGCGCGAUGGGUUGGUCCCGAGUUGCCAUCGGAAGUCCUCCUCUGGGAAGACCCAGUUCCAGCUGUCGAUCAUCCACUCGUUGAUGAUAAGGACGUUGCAAACUUGAAGAAAGAGAUCCUGGCCACUGGUGUUGAUCCUACCAAACUCAUCCGUACUGCCUGGGCCUCUGCUUCCACAUUCCGUGGCUCCGACAAGCGUGGCGGUGCCAAUGGGGCUCGCAUUCGCCUCGCUCCUCAGAAAGACUGGAAGGCGAAUAACCCAACUGAUUUGGCCGAGGUCCUCUCCGCCUUGGAAGGUGUACAGAAGAAGUUCAACGACUCUGCAUCUGGUGGAAAGAAAGUGUCGUUGGCGGAUCUUAUUAUCCUGGCUGGUAACGCUGCCAUCGAGAAGGCUUCCGGUGCUUCCGUUCCAUUCUCUGCAGGUCGAACAGACGCCACAGCAGAGCAGACCGAUGUUGAGUCCUUCAGCCAUCUCGAGCCUGUGGUUGAUGCUUUCCGCAACUAUGGCAAGGGUACCGAACGUGUCCGCACCGAACAGUUCCUUGUAGACAAGGCUCAUCUACUGACACUCACCGCCCCAGAGGCAACUGUCCUUGUCGGUGGUCUGCGCGCAUUGAACGCCAAUUGGGAUGGAUCUUCCCAUGGUGUGUUUACUAACCGCCCCGGUCAGCUCACCAAUGACUUCUUUGUCAACCUACUCGACACAAACACAGCAUGGAAGGUUGGCGACGCAGCUAAUGAGAUUUAUGAGGGUGGUGAUCGCAAGACGGGCAGCAAGAAAUGGACUGCCACUCGUCACGAUCUGAUCUUCGGAUCUCAUCCUGAGCUUCGUGCCAUUGCAGAAGUCUAUGGCAGCUCAGAUUCGCAGGAUAAAUUUGUGAAGGACUUCGUGGCAGCUUGGACUAAGGUUACGAACCUUGAUCGAUUUGACUUGAGAUCAUCAGCCAGCUCCAGCAAGGCUCGUCUAUGA